UAUUUGGGUGUUUUCUGGUCAGUUUGCAGCCCGCAGCGCGGCUCCUGCUCUGCGGGCUUUUACUCUGAAGGGCUCCGCGGGGCGGUGCGGGGCGGUGCGGGGCUGCAGCUUGAUGUCUGCAUGUUUUGAACGGAGCAGCUGAGCAGCACUGCAGAGAUCCGCAGCCCUCCUCAUCUCACCGGCUCCUCUCCCGCAUCUUCCCCGGGAGUCUGCCGGUCGCCUCCCCGCCGAAGCAGCGCCUGUCCCGGGCCGGAGGGAGCGCCGCGGCCGCCGGGGAGCGUCCGUCCGAGCCGGGAGCAUCCGAGCCGGAGCUGCCCUUGACUCGGGGAGGAGAGGAGGAGAGCGGUGACAUUGUCUCCCGGUGAUCGCGGGACUCUCCGGGAUGCUCCGGCUCCGCGCGCCUCAUCCGUCUCUGCUGGCCGCGGAGCCGCGUCCUGCAGCGGGAAGCCUCUCCAGGGAGCCCCGGCCCCGGAGCUCCGCGAGCCGGCCGGAGGAGGCCUGACUCUCCGGGUCUCCACCUCCGGAUUAGAUGGUGGCAGAGAGCAAGUGUGCACGAGCAGAUAAACAAACCGGGGGCUGUCCUGCCUGCAGAUAAGCAGGAUAACGGCGCUUUUCUCUCUCCGGCUGUUUUUACGGGCUGCUUUGGGCCUCUUGGACUCCGCAGGCUGUCUGUGGGAGUACAUGUUCCUAUAAAUAAUAGAUGGAAUGGGCAGCAGCCACUGAUCUGUGAAUUUAGGCCUUGACUGGGAGGGUUCGACUGAAGACGAUGGCAGACCACGAGGACACCGAGCUGUCCGAGUCCUUACGGAAGGACGACGAGCUGGAGGAGCCCUCCUCCACCCUCAAGUCCAAAAGUUUACCUACCCUGAACGAAGGAGCCCCUCAAGAGAAGACCCUGCUGGCCUGCUCGGCCCGCAUGUCCAUCACCGCUGAGGAGAGCACCGAGUUCAUCCAGCUUCCUGCCAAGACGGAGGGCGUCCAGGCCGAGUCCCCGACCCGGACCGGCUACCCUCCGAAGCCGGGGAAGUCGGCCCUGAACCGGCCCAGCUCCUACAUGGAGAACACGGAGAUCCGCAGGAGCAAGAGCGUGGCCCGCAGGAAGCCGCUGGGCUUCUUUGCGUCCCGGGUGGCGCGGAUCCGCCUGCCCAGCAGGAAGUACCUGGGCCUGAUCCUCCAGGACUCACGCUGCUUCCUGUUCUGCAUGUGCUACCUGACCUUCAUCCAGUCCCUCAUGGUGUCCGGCUACCUCAGCAGCGUCAUCACCACCAUCGAGAAGAGGUACAGCCUGAGGAGCUCCGAGUCGGGCCUCCUCGUCAGCUGCUUCGACAUCGGGAGCCUCCUGGUCGUGGUCUUCAUCAGUUACUUCGGCGGGCGGGGUCAGAGGCCCCGCUGGUUGGCGGUGGGGGGGAUCUUCAUCGCGGUGGGCGCCGCGCUCUUCUCCUUACCUCACUUCAUCUCCCCGGCCUACCAGAUCCAGGAGGUCAACUCGUCCUCGGCCAACGAGGGCCUGUGCAUGAACAGCAACGCCAGCGGCAGGGACCGCGUCGACAUCACUUCCUGUCCUAGAGACCAGGAGGGCAACGAGCACAACCUGUACGUGGCGCUGUUCAUCAUCGCUCAGAUCCUGGUCGGCAUGGGCUCCACGCCCAUCUACACGCUGGGCCCCACCUACCUGGACGACAACGUGAAGAAGGAGAACGCCUCGCUGUAUCUCGCCAUCAUGUACGUGAUGGGGGCCCUGGGCCCGGCGGCCGGUUACCUGCUGGGAGGGGUCCUCAUCGGCUUCUACGUGGACCCGAAGACCGUGGUCAGCAUCGACCAGAGCGACCCCCGCUUCAUCGGCAACUGGUGGAGCGGCUUCCUGCUGUGUGCCGUGGCCAUGCUGCUGGUCAUCUUUCCCAUGUUCACCUUCCCCAAGAAGCUGCCGCCCCGACACAAGAAGAAGAAGAGGAGGAAAAAGCUGAGCCUGGACGACCUGUCGAGCGACGACGACGUCCUGAAGGAGAAGAGCAACAACAAGAACCAGGCCGUCACCUCGUCCAUGGGCUUCGGGAAGGACAUUAAAGACCUUCCCAAAGCCGCCGUGAGGAUCCUGAGCAACGUGACCUUCCUGUUCGUCAGCCUGUCCUACACCGCCGAGAGCGCCAUCGUCACCGCCUUCAUCACCUUCAUCCCCAAGUUCAUCGAGUCUCAGUUCGGGAUCCCGGCCUCCAACGCCAGCAUCUACACCGGUGUGAUCAUCGUGCCCAGCGCCGGCGUGGGAAUCGUCCUGGGCGGAUACAUCAUCAAGAAGCUGAAGCUGGGCGCCCGCGAGUCGGCCAAGCUGGCCAUGAUCUGCAGCGGCGUGUCGCUGCUCUGCUUCUCCACGCUCUUCAUCGUGGGCUGCGAGAGCAUCAACCUGGGGGGGAUCAACAUCCCCUACACCACCGGACCGACCCUCACCAUGACUCAGAGGAAUCUGACUGGAGGCUGCAACGUGAACUGCGGCUGUAAGAUCCAUGAGUACGCUCCGGUCUGCGGCUCCGACGGCAUCACCUACUUCAACCCCUGUCUGGCAGGAUGCAGCAGCGUGGCCAACGACAGCACCGGGGUCAGGAACUACUCGGACUGCGCCUGCGUGCAGAGCCGGCAGGUCAUCACGCCGUCGUCCGGCGGUCCGGGAGGGAACCAGCUGCAGCUCGUCAUCGUCAAGACGUACCUGAACGAGAACGGCUACGCCGUGUCGGGGAAGUGCGACCGCACCUGCAGCACGCUCAUCCCCUUCCUCAUCUUCCUCUUCAUCGUCACGCUCAUCACCGCCUGCGCCCAGCCGUCCGCCAUCAUCGUCACCCUCAGGUCUGUAGCAGAGCAGGAGCGGCCGUUUGCUUUGGGGAUGCAGUUUGUUCUUCUCAGGACUCUCGCCUACAUCCCCACGCCCAUCUACUUCGGCGCCGUCAUCGACACCACCUGCAUGCUGUGGCAGCAGGACUGCGGCGUGCACGGCUCGUGUUGGGAGUACGACGUCACGUCGCUGCGCUUCGUCUACUUCGGCCUGGCCGCCAGCCUCAAGUUCCUGGGCUUCCUCUUCAUCUUCCUCACCUGGUACUCCAUCAAGUACAAGGAGGAGCGGGUGGAGCGCUGGCUGAAGCGCCACCUGUCGCCCGCCGACACGGUGGGCAGCCUGGUCUGCCACCCGGGGGGCCACAAGGGCCACGCCCGCACCCGCUCCUGCCCCGUCAACAUCCCCCGCGCCGACCCCAGCGCCCCGCCCGCCGCCGGCCCGCCGCGCGCCGGCGCCCUCAACCGCGGCGUCAGCACCCAGAGCUGCCCCGGCAACGAGCUGAAAGCAAUAACGCCCCCGCCCCCGGCCGCCGCUGACCCCGCCCCCGGCCCCGCCCAGUCACUGGAACACGUCUCAGUCCGAGUCUGAGUCUCUCAAAGUCCGAAGCCACGGACGGACGGACGGACGAUAAACUGUCAGGCUCAGAAACAUUCGGCUGCAGGUUCGACUCUGAGCAGGUGAAUGAAGAACGUUUGCUUGCUCGGGGAAAUUGUAAAAAGGGGGCGGGGCCAUUUUUCAGCUCACUAAAACUCACUCUCUCACUUUGGAUUGAGGCCGGUUCAUCUGGAACCCCUCAUAUCAGAACCACACGGAGCCCCGUCCCCCAUCUACACCCCCCCCAUUCCCCGUCCGCACCCCCCUCCACCCCCCCCCUCCACCUCUGCAACAUGUGCCUUCUGUCAACACGCCCCCCCCCCCUGUACAUACCAGACAUCCGUAGAUAGACCCCGUCAGUUGGACCCCCACCUCACAGCGUAGGAACUAGUCACCUGAACAGAUACCUCAGCCCCCCCCCCCCCCCCCCCCCCCAGUGUUGUAAAUCUCCACCUUCAUGUCGUCGUCGUCGUCGUCGGGCAGACGCUGCGUCUGCUCAUCAACAAAAAGUGAAAAAAACAAAAGAAGAAGGCGGAGACGUCUGGACAGCGCUGAGAAACCGAUGGUUGGUGCUACGUGAAAAACAGUGUUCAGCCUCCAGUGUUAGUUCGCUCUGAGGGAGGAGGAGGAGCCGGGUGGAGGCCAGGACAGUGGCUGAAGCAGCUGACGGAUGAGCGGCGUCGCCACAAACACACCGGAACACACACACUGGAACAUACCUGAAGACACACUGGAACACACACCCGGCAGUCCAUCUCCCUCGGGCCUGGACCCUGCUGAGGUCUCGGUCCCGGUGAUCCUCAGCUGCAGCUCCUGAAUGUCAUUUCAAGGUUGUUACUUUGAAACAAGCUGCUCCUCAGACCGAUGUGAGAACCGAAGACCCGAACCAGGUGAACUCACCAGAGUGACGUGUUCAGAACAACCCCCCUCCCGCCGCCGCCGCCGCCGCUGCUGUCUUCCUGAUUCUUAGUCACACUCAUGAAAAAGGAGGAGGUGAGGAGGCCUCCGUGGAUCUGCUCGGAGCUUCGUGUUCCGGUUCUGGACAGUUCGCUGAUGGUUCUUCAGUUGACGCAGAAUGAAAACGGGUUCUUCAAUCCAGACAACAUGAAUCAGUCUGAAGAGUCGACCGGAAUCUUCAUGAGCACAGAGUUGCGCCUCCAUCCGGACCGUGGUCCUUCAGGUCUGGACCCGUCUCCGGCUCUGAGUCUGCUCUGUUUUGGUUCUGAAGAUGUUUGAACUCCGGUGCUGAGGAAGGUUCUGCCUCGACUCAAAGCUCCACGAGAUUUGAUCUGAAUGUCUUCAAAUGAGCAACAAGCAGCUUCGCUUCGUCACGAGUCCAUUUGUUCAAAUAAUCACGUCUUUUUGCAGAUUUUAGCCUUUUUCCUUUUCCUUUUUUUAAAGGAAAUGUAAUUUUUUUAGAAUUUUAAGAGAUGAGGAUCAAUGAAAUCAGAUCAAUGGAGGCGAGCGUCUCAUUCAGGAAAGGUGCUUUCACUUUCCUUUAGUUCCAGAAGAGUCUCGUGUUGCGUCGUGUUAGCUAACGUUAGCCGCUUUAGCCAGUGCUUGCCGCGUUAGCUAGUGAAGUGUUUGGGAGGAAGAGGAGGAAUGUCACAAUAAAAGGUUUUAGAUGAAACACCGAGUUCAGGUGAAAAUAUUUUACUUGAAUGUUUUUCUUGAGAUCCUGAAAGUGUUCAGAGAUUUUCAAUCCACGAUUCGCUCGGCGCCACAGUGCGGCCAAAAGACAGUGUUACGACCGCCGAGCCACCGCCCCGCUGAACCGCUGAACCACUGCACCACCGAACCACUGCACCACCCAACCUCUUCACAGGACAACUGGACCUGCAAGAACAGACUGAGGGAAACUCCAGCGUCCUGUAACCAAUACAUGGAAGUGUUAUUCUCACACACACACACACACACACACACACACACACACACACACACACACACACACUCUGGUCCUUCGGCCUGCAGCUCCUCAUUUCGGGCGAUGGUUCU